AUGGGACAGAUCGAGGGUGCCCCGCCCAACCUCAACGAGUCGGCGCACGGAGCUGCGGGAGGGAUCAUCAACCGCGUAGCUACCGGGCAGCGUGACGCCGGGGCACCGGCUGGCUCCUCGAACCGGACCCUGUUCUGUGGGCCCCGGGAGUGGCUUCCCGAUCUGGAGCGGCCGCGGGACCUGGACCUGGAACGGCUCCUGGACCUGGACCGGGAACAGCUGGACCUCGAGCGGCUUCUCGAGCGGGAGCGCCUGCUCGAUGUUCUAGCUGGUUCGCUGUCGGCGCUUGUCUGCGCUGGGUUCGUUCUCGCUGACAAUGGCUACGACGUCUGGCUCGGAAACACGCGUGGAAACACGUUCGGCAAGAGGCACCGGUCUUUGGUUGUCAGGUCAAGGCAGUUCUGGAACUUCACGUUCCAUGAACACGCUAUCUACGAUCUUCCCGCUCAGAUCGACUACGUGCUGAGCAAAACAGUGCAAAAUCAGCUUCUGUACAUCGGCCUCUCUCAAGGAACGCUCAGCUUCUUCACCAUGAUGUCCGAGAGACCCGAAUACAACCACAAGGUAAAGGCGUUCGCCGGACUCGCCCCCUUCCACAAGCUGGCUCACAUCGAAGUGCCGCCACUUGCGGUCUUUGGCCCGUACGCGGAGUCCCCUCUGCGUCUCGCACAAGCGGUGGGUGCUUAUGAGAUGCUCCCCAAGGACUUCCAGCUCAUGAGCCUCUUGAGGCUAUUGUGCGGGAGUGUGGCGAAGCCUGUCUGCACUUUCCUCGGUGACAGGCUCAACAACCUCGGAAGCAGAUACAUCAAUCUGACAAGGACUACUGUCUACCUGUGUCACAUUCCUGCGGGGACUUCCACGAAAAACGUCAUACACUUUGGCCAACUCGUGGGAUCAAAGCGGCCUCAAAAGUUCGACUACGGGUCUUCGAAGAACCUGGAAGUGUAUGGUCAGCGCAAGCCACCGGAGUACAACCUGUCGCGCGUGACCACGGACGUGGGCAUCUUCUGGAGCGAGGGCGACCAGUUCGUGACGCCGAGGGAGGUGGACGAGCUGCGAUCUGCACUCGGUGCCAGGGUCAAGCGGGAGUGGUACAUCGGCGACCCUUUCUUCACGCACCUGCACUUUUUCAUCGGCCUGGCGAGCAGGAAGUACCUGUUCAAGAACCUGCUGGAUUUCCUGGCCGGAUAUCCGAUCGAACAAGAGCAGCUGGAAGAAGACGUAGCCACAGCAACGAACGCUAUCUACUCAACCCCAAAUUCCUGAUUUCGGGCAAGAGAAUAA